ACCUGGGCCGUUGCCUGUGUGGUUAACUGCAACGUGAUCAAAAUUCAAUUCUAAGCUCUGGGUCUUGUAGGAGGGGAAGGUUUAUCCCUAGGAGCUUGAGAAAUCGAACAUCAAAGUUCGAGUUUUUGAAGAAGAUAAAGAGGGAGAUAAAUGGAGCGUACGCUUUGGGGACAUUUACCGUUGUUAGUAAGAGCGAAUUCCAAAGAAUCAGUAGAAUUCAUUCUUCAAACCCUCUGGAGAACUCGGAAAUCUGGUCUCGACGCCGAUGACCGUCGCCUCCUCUGCGAAAUGCUUCAGCUCCAAAACGAGUCCGACCUCGACCCACUUCUAUUAUGUCUCCGUGUGUUAAUCCGUAAAUGUGUUUAUGAGAACAUCAGCAAAGAUAAUAUUCAAAAGGUGUUUCCCGAGGAGGUUCUUCCUGAAAUACAAAGACUGUUGACACUUUUGCUGCAAAAGUUUCAAAGAGAAUGGCAAGCUGAUAUACACAUGGAUAAGGUUUCUUUGCCACGCUUAAAGGCAAUGACUUGGAAUACAGCAACUCAGGACACUGAAAUGAUGGAACCGUUGGCCGUUCUCAAUUUGAAGCUUCAAAAUGAUGCACAGGCUCCACAAGAAGAGUUGGAUUUGAAGUUCCAAUUAGCCAAAGAAACACUGGAUACAAUGCUGAAAUCGAUGUACUGUAUAAGAGAUCAGUUGUCAAAUUUGGGUGAGACAUAAAUGGACUUUUUCUCCAGGGAAACAAUUGCAGUGUAUUUUACCGAUGAUAUCACCCAAAAUGGUACAGGCAAACAACUUACCCUCAAAAAUCCAGUGUUCUCUAGAUUUUACUUUGCUUGUCAUCUUUAUGGAAACUGUUCGAGUUAGCAUGUUAUGUUCAACUCUUUUUAUGUAACAUUCGUUUGUGAAAGAAACAAGGGGCUAUGUUUCUUCGA